AUGUCAUCUAGUACAGAAAUCACUCGCUCCCACUCAUUAGUAUGUAACAGGUUUUUUUAUUGCAGCCGUUCGGCACCGUAGAAGCUUGAACUUGCGAAAAUGCAACUGCUGUAGAAGCCUGUCGCUUUUGCUUAUUUCUCUGGGAGCUUCCGUCUACUUCGGUAAAUGGCGACUAAGACGUCAAAAACCAUCAGUUCUGAUUGUGGAGAUGACUCAUUGGGUGAGUUGUUUAGUCACAUUGUAUGCACUUAUGUUGCCUCAAGUCAUUUCGAAUCAUGCCUUCUAAAUUACCCCGUGUUAUUUGUUUACAGGUAUGUUCUAUAAUGAUCGCCUUCCAUCAGAGUUGA